AUUCCCCAUGCACUGCACUGACUCAACCUGGGCCUGGCUAUAUAUUGGGCUUGUCCCAGUGUGGUUGAUUAGUUUCCGAGUCGUCCCAAUGGUCAGCUGGCCCCUCUAUGUGGAGUAUAUCUCUAUCCAUCGAUCCUCUGCCUUGUUGCCCUCACUCUCUUGAUUUCCGACACGAAAGUGACUCACCUGCAGCUAAUCACCUGGCGUAUUCUAUGCUCUCAGGGUCAACGACCACUAACUAGGAGGAUCAUCUUCAACUCGCUCAUAUUGAUCAGGCACUUUGGGGGACCGCAGCUUCCCAGCAGCAUGGCCAUCUCUGCCAUCACUGCGGCGGCGGCCAGCCUCUGCAUCCUCCUUCUGGCAUACAAGGUCAUCAUAUAUCCAGUGUUUAUCUCACCACUCUCAAAGAUACCCAAUGCACAUUGGUCAGCCUCAAUUUCACCUGCCUGGAUUAUAUGGAAACGGUACAAGGCCCAGAACAACCGGACCAUCCAAGCCGCACAUGAAAAGCUAGGGCCCAUUGUCCGGCUCGCACCGUCUGAAGUGUCCAUCAACUGUGUCGACGGAGGCAUCAAAUCCAUUUAUACUGGCGGGUUUGAGAAACAUGAGUGGUACCCCCGUGUCUUUGGGUCUUUUGGUACGGUCAGCAUGUUCACCAUGACAAGCAACAAAGCCCACUCCGCCCGCAAAAGGAUGCUGUCCAACAUCUACAGCAAGUCCUUCUUGCAAUCCUCGCCUCAUAUGCACCUUAUCUCCGAAACAAUCAUACUCGACCGUCUCCUACCCAUCAUCCAGGAAGCAGCCUCCUCUGGCUCACCAAUUGACAUGCACGACCUCAACCAGGGCCUUACCAUGGACUUUGUCUCCGCAUACCUCUACGGACUGGCCAACGGAUCGAACUUCCUUCAAGACGAAGCCUUCCGACGCAGAAUGCUCCGUCUCUACCAAAGCAGAAAGCCAUUCGAGUUCUACCACCAAGAGGUCCCAAACCUCCUCACAUGGACAAAGCGUCUAGGCCUCCGACUAAUCCCCAAAUGGUGUGACGAGGCCAAUGAAGUCCUCGACGCCUGGGGCCUCAACUUUUGCGACAGAGCCGACGAAUGUCUCGACUCCACCAACCUCGACAUCGAACCCACAGUCUACAAGCAUCUCAAACAGAGCAUAUCCAAACAACUCCCCCCCAAACAAAACACAGCAACAUACGCCAACCUCCUCGAAAAACAAAGACUCGAAAUCGCCUGCGAGUUAUACGACCACCUCACGGCAGGCCACGAAACCAGCGCCGUCGCCCUAACCUACCUCUUCUGGGAACUCUCCCAACACCCAGACCUCCAGAACUCCCUCCGCGACGAGCUCCUCACCCUCGACCCCAAAAUCCUCUACCCCCGCCCAUCCUCCUCACGAGACCUCCCCACCCCUAAAUCCAUCGACUCCCUCCCCCUCCUCGACGCAAUCAUCACCGAAACCCUCCGCCUACACGCCCCUAUCCCCGGCAUCCAACCCCGAGUCACCCCAUCCCCGGGCUGCAAUUUAGUCGGAUUCAGCAACAUCCCCGGGAACAUCCGCGUCAGUGCACAGGCUUACUCGCUCCAUCGCAAUGCAGAGGUCUUCCCCGAGCCGGAGACAUGGCAACCGAAGCGGUGGCUGAAAGACAGCAAUUCGCCGGCUGAAUUGGAGGAGAGACGACGUUGGUUUUGGGCGUUCGGGAGCGGUGGACGCAUGUGUGUGGGAAGUAAUCUCGCCUUGCAAGAAAUGAAACUAGCAGUCGCGGCCAUCUACACCAACUACACGACCACCAUCAUCGAUGACGAGGAUAUCGAGGCUAUUGAUGCAUACACGGUCAAGCCGCGGGGAGAGAAACUAAUUUUGAAAUUUGAACCGGUUGUGUAGCACCGUACACAGUACCAAGAAACCUGCUGUCUAUACCAAUUUACAUCGAUUUACAUUACCCCUUCUCCAACCGUACCCUCCCAUGAUCUCAACCCAUCCCUAUCCUACACCUACAAAACUAUAAAGCCACCAUUGAGAAACGAAACAAUUGCAAAUAUUGAACACACACAUAC